UUCGAUAUGGGAAAAUCAUCUGCAAAUGAUUCCUUUAUGAGAGUUGUUGAAGCCCUGAAUGACAUUGCUGAAGACGUCAUUGUCUGGCCCCGAGAAGACCGAUGUAUUGCUGUUAGUGAGAAGUUUCAGCGCAUUGGGAGGCUACCAUAUGUAAUAGGAGCUAUAGAUGGAACAAAUAUACCAAUUAAAGCUCCAAAGGUGAACGCACGUUUUUAUAUAAGUAAAGACAAGGAAUACGCAAUAACAUUGCAAGCAGUGUGUGAUGCAGAACUUCGAUUCUUAUAUUGUUUUGCUGGAUUUGCUGGAUCAGUGGGAGAUCGACGUGUCCUUCGAAAUUCAGAUCUGUGGAAGGAAAUAAAUGCAAAUAGAGCAUCUUACUUUGUGGAUCAAGAUUAUAUAAUUGGAGACAAAGCUUAUCCAUGUAUUUCAUGGUUGAUACCACCAUUCGUUAAUUUAGGCCAACUCACAGAAGCAGAUGGAGACGACUGAAAUUUCUGGACAUGAAUCGCGAUGAUAUGAUUCCUUCUGUCAUCCUAGCAAGCUGUGUAUUGCACAAUAUUUGUCUCG